ACAUACACGCCCACUGUUUCCAUGACAAUCGAUGUCAACAUAUGGGAACAUUUUGAUUUCGUCUACACAAGCCACUAAACAGCUGAUUUAUUUACUAGCUAGAAAAACACGUUUGAUGUUUACAAAGUAUCAACAAAUACGGAAGUGCCAUGAUGAUUGCCCACCCCGGCAGUGAAGUGAGGGUGUUAGUUCGAAGCCGACCGACUGCUAAUUUUGCUCAAGAGCUCAUUGAAUACCUACCAGACGGACAGACAGUGAGUGUCCACCAGAGGAAGGACUCCAGGAAGGGAGUGGUGAACAACCAGCUGAGCUCCUGGUCGUUCCGGCUGGACGGGGUGCUGCAUGAUGUGUCCCAGGAGGAGGUAUAUGGCCGCGUUGGGCGAGGGGUGGUGCUGGGAGCCCUGGAGGGGUACAACGGCACUGUGAUGUGUUUUGGGCAGACGGGGGCAGGAAAGACGUACACCAUGACUGGAGCCACAGAGAAUUACAAACAGAGAGGGAUCAUUCCUCGGGCCCUACAGGAGGUGUUCCAUGAGGUGGAGCAGCGUUCGGACCAUGCCUUCAGUGUCCACUUGUCCUUCCUGGAGAUCUACAAUGAGACUCUUGUGGAUCUGCUAGCGUCUGUACGGGGUUGCCCAGGGGUAGGGCCAGGGGGCAUGGCGGUGGUGGAGGAGGCAGGGGGAGGGGUAUCAGUCAGGGGGCUGUCCCUACACCCCAUCCACAGCGAGGAGGAGGCCCUUAACCUGCUCUUUGAGGGAGAGAUGAAUCGCAUCAUCGGAGCUCAUGCCCUGAACAAGAACUCCUCCAGAUCUCACUGCAUUCUCACUGUCCACAUUGAGUCUCGCUCCCGCACUCUGUCCGAUGCAAAGUAUGUCACUUCCAAACUGAAUCUGGUGGACUUAGCCGGGUCAGAAAGGCUGGGCAAAACCGGAUCUGAGGGCCAGGUGCUGAAGGAGGCCAUGUACAUCAACAAGUCCCUGUCGUUCCUGGAGCAGGCCAUCCUGGCCCUGGCAGACCGACGCAGGGACCACGUCCCCUUCAGACAGACCAAACUCACCCACGCCCUUAAGGACUCAUUAGGUGGGAACUGCAACACAGUGCUGGUGGCCAACAUCUAUGGAGAGGCUUCUCAGAUAGAAGAGACACUGUCCACACUGCGCUUCGCCAGCAGGAUGAAGUGUGUGCAGAUGGACCCUGUUGUCAAUGAACACACCGACCCUGUGCUCCAGGUCAGGAAGCUGGAGAAGGAGAUCCAGCUGCUGAAACAGGAACUCAGCAUUCACAACACACUGGCGAACCGCAUGGGCAUGUCCUACGACACGCUGUCAGAGACCCAGGUUGCAGAGAUCCAGAGUCACGUGCGGAGGUAUCUGGAGGGCAGCCUGGACGAGAUCAAUAUUGUGAGCAUCAGGCAGAUCCAGGAAGUGUUUGCCCAGUUCAAGCAGGCCGUGCAGCAGCAGGAGCAGAAGGUGAAGGCCCAGCUGUGUCAGAACUACACCUUGGUGGAGAAAGCCCAGAGUACAGCUGGCUCCACUGCAGCCAAGUCACAGGGCUCCCAAGGCACGGUGGGAGUGGUGGAGGGCCAUGGGUUUGGGGUGGGGCUGGCAGUUCCAUCAGAUAGGCACAUUCGGCUCCUGUCUCCAGGCAGGACCAAAGCCAUUAAGACCAAAGAGCUAGCAAGCCAGGGGAGAAAGGAGGCUGUGGAAGGAAGGAGUCCUGGUCCAGGGAAGCAAGUGGAAUCUGUGAACCCGGUCCAGAGAGACCGUGAGGGUCGCGAGCAUGACCCCCAGAGCCAGGAGCCUCAAGGACCACAGGAACCCCUUAGGACUGACUCCCCUCCCCCUAAGGCAGAGGCCUUUGAGGACUUCAAGGCAGAGCGGGGCAGCGAGAUCAACCGCAUCCUGAAGGAGAACAAGGUGGUGCUGCUGGAGCGCCGCGCCCGCCUCCGGGAACUGACGGAGUGCGUGAACACGGCCAAGAGAGAGAUUGACAGCACAAGCACUGCCCUGCACCAGUGGAGAGAGAAGAGACAGAGCCAGGGUCAGUUUGUAAGUGCGGAGGGGGUCCCAGUGCUGGAUGAGGCAGAGCUGUCUCUGACCCUGCGUCUGAGGGAGUUGAAGACUCAGUACCGACAGCAGUACGAGGAGCUGCGCGGCACCAAGGCAGAGGUCAGCUACUGCCAGCACCUAGUGGACCAGUGCAGGACGCGCCUACUGACCGAGUUUGAGAGCUGGUAUAAUGAGUCCUUCCUGCUUCCUGAGGAGGUGCAAGCCUUGCUGAGAUCUGGAGGACCCAUCAGGCCUGGACUGGUGCCUGUGUACAAGGCAUUGGCACUGGAGGAGGAUGAGCAGGAGCACUUUGAGCGUCUGCGCUAUGAGCUGCUAGCAGACAGUCCCAGUGCCAUCUCCUUCUACAAUGCUCAGAACAGGACUGUACAGAGGAGGAACUACAGCAAGGCCAUGUCUCAGACACCAGUCCAGAAGACUACACCAAGGGGCUCUGGGAGAACCAAACUGCCUGCCAUUCUCUCUGUCAUCUGAAGGAGAACUGCUUGAUUCUAUCCAUUUCACCAUUAAUUAUUGCCUUGGAUUUGUCCUGAAUAAAAGACACACUGGCGAC